GAGAAUAUAUGUUUUCCUAGGCCCUUCAAGCCAGACCCAUCUCAUAUUUUCCUUGGGAAUAAUGAAGGGAGAGAGAGAAGGCUUCAAACUCCAUAACCGAAAUUCUGGGGCAGAAGAAGCAGAAGAAAGAAGCAUAUGGCAACGUUGUCAAUGGAAUUGUACGACAACACAACUCACUUGCUCCUCCUCCUCCUAUUCUGGAUCUGGGAUUGGGACAUGAUGGAAGAAGCUAAGCUAAAGGUAGUCCAUUUUUAAUCAAAUUUAAUUCUCACCCCUUUGACUUUCAAACCCUCGAAUCUCGCUUCCUCCCACACUCUCUAUUGCUGCUCACACACACUUCUUUCUUCAUUUCACAUUCUCAUCAGAUCCACAAUAUCUGUUUCUCUCAGAAAAAUGUAAACUUUUGGUGUUGCCUUUGCGUGCUCUUCAAUAAAAAAACAUAGCUUUUUUCACCCAUUUUGCAUGAUUCUUUCUCUUUUCUGUUCACAUUUUCGUUUUUGGGGGUUUCAACUUUUCAUCUUUUAUUACAAAAAUUUAGUCUUUUUUGUGAAUCAAAGCUGCCCAAGUGAAGAGAAUAUUGGUUUUGUGACAUGUCUAAAGACCAAGACUUUGACUGUGAGGAUCCAGGGCUUGGAAGCUCUUCAAAUGGGGAAGUGACUAUUAAUAAGACUAAUUCAGUUUACAAUGGAGCACGUAGAGCUAUCACUGACAGAUUCUUUAGAGGGAAUAAUCGAGCAGCGGUAGAUGAUCUCAAAGUUUCUGUUGGUGGGGAUGAAAAGCGUGAACAUGGAAUGGUGAAGAAAUCAGGACCCUUGUUGUCCGGGAUAGCUUACUGCAUUUCUUCUUGCAGCAUGAUAUUGCUGAAUAAAGUUGUUCUAUCGGGUUAUAACUUCAAUGCCGGUAUAUCAUUGAUGUUUUAUCAAAAUCUGAUCAGUUCUUUAGUUGUUAUUCUAUUGGGGCUAUCAGGAGCGGUUUCGGUGGAAAAGCUUAAUCCCAGGUUGAUUAGGGUUUGGAUUCCUGUCAAUGUAAUCUUUGUUGGUAUGCUUGUAUCAGGAAUGUAUAGUUUGAAAUACAUAAAUAUUGCAAUGGUGACAAUUCUGAAGAACAUGACGAAUAUUUUAACAGCCAUUGGAGAAUUGUAUAUAUUUCGGAAGCAUCAGAAUCAGAAAGUCUGGACUGCAAUGUUUUUUAUGAUUAUUUCUGCUAUCACUGGUGGUGUCACGGACCUUUCUUUUGACGGAGUAGGCUAUACAUGGCAAAUCGCAAAUUGUAUCCUAACUGCAAGUUACUCGUUAACUCUACGUCGGGUCAUGGAUGAAGCAAAGAAAGCUACAAAAUCUGGCUCUUUAAAUGAAGUUUCAAUGGUGUUACUUAACAAUCUAUUAUCUUUACCUUUCGCCAUUGUUUUAAUUCUCAUUUUCGGUGAAUGGGAAUAUGUAAUGAAUGUGGAAGUAACGAAAUCGCCAUUGUUUUGGGUUGUUGCAACGGCUAGCGGGUUUCUCGGGCUAGCCAUAAGCUUUACUUCUAUGUGGUUUUUACAUCAAACCGGUCCUACCACUUAUAGUUUGGUGGGUUCUUUAAACAAGAUUCCGAUCUCCAUUGCUGGUUUGAUGCUAUUCAAUGUCCCGCUAAGUUCUUCCAACUUCUUCAGCAUCUUGUUUGGUUUAUUUGCUGGAGUGCUGUUUGCCAGGGCCAAAAUGUCAUGAUUUUCGUAUACAAUAGUCUGAAUUAAUACAAAUUUUUUUCUUUUUUUUUUUCUCAUAUACGUAUACGAUUUCAACACCUUUUCUUAAUGAAAGUUAUACAAGAGAGUUGAUGUACUCGUCUUCUCUUUUUUUUAAAAAGCGUCUUUAUAUAUAUAUUUUUUAGAGUUACGAAUGUGGGAUUUGAUCCCAUGACCUUACACACGCACCCUAAAAGGGAUAUCUCGAUGACUCGUAUAUACAUACAUAUACUUAAAAUUUCUUACAAUUUUGUUAAUAAAAAUGGUGAUAUCAUCAGCUAAUUGUUUA